AUGAAUCGCACGCUGGUCGAGUGUGCGCGUUGCAUGAUGGAACACGCUGGACUGGGAAAGAGCUACUGGGGUGAAGCAGUGAUGACGGCGAUGUUUCUUCGAAACCGCUGUCCAACACGUGCCAUUCACCAAGACAAGUCUCCAUAUCAAGUGUGGACGAUGAAGAAACCGAUUCUGGCCAACCUUAAAGUGUUUGGAUGCCACGCGUAUGUUCAAGUGCCUCAAGACAAACGCGCGAAGUUCGACUCCAAGUCAUCACUCUGUCGUUUCCUGGGAUACGCCGAACACCAGAAGUCAUAUCGAUUUGAGGAAGUGUCAACAGGAGCGAUCAAGAUCAGUCGCGAUGCCACAUUCAUGGAAGACAAGUUUGAUGAAGGUCCGCGCAACUACAACGAUGAGUCAAGUGUCGUUGAGUGUGAUGAUCAUGAUGAGGACGAAGAAAAAGAAGAAGGUAAAACUGACGACGACAUGGACUCGAGCGACGAUGACAACGAAGACACCAGGUCUUCGAAGAGCAACAUCAAGAGACACACGCGCACUCAAUCACUUGAGAAAGCUACCGUCAUUCCAAGUCCCAAGCGAAGAACUGGGGAAACGCCGACUACAUUCAAGUCGGCGAUGGAAUCAAGCGACUCCGGCAAGUGGAAAGAAGCGUGUGACUCGGAGUUCGACUCGCUUCAGAGAAACGACACGUGGGAAAUCGUGCCUCUUCCGAAAGGUCGCAAGGCCAUCGGGUGCCGAUGGGUUUUUCGUGUAAAGGAGAAUCAAGAUGGCGAAGUUGAACGUUUCAAGGCAAGACUUGUGGCCAAAGGAUUCUCACAGAAAUUCGGAGUUGACUAUGAAGAAACUUUCGCACCGGUGGCCAAGUUCACAUCGAUUCGUGUGGUGCUCAGUAUGGCGGCUAAGUACGGCCUGAUGCUACAUCAGAUGGACGUCAAGACAGCGUUUCUUAACGGCUCCCUCAACGAAGACAUCUACAUGGACCAGCCGGACGGAUACCUGGAUGCAACACAGCCGGACUAUGUGUGCAAGCUAAAGAGAUCACUCUACGGCUUGAAGCAAUCGCCUCGCAUGUGGAACCAAACAAUCGAUGGGUUCAUGAUCAAGAUGGGAUUCAAGAAGUGCGAAUCGGACCACUGCAUCUACAUCAAGCGAGACGACCAAGACAUGAUUCUCGUGGUGCUCUACGUCGAUGAUCUCAUCCUGGCCAGCAGCAACAACGAACUCCUCAAGUCAACCAAGAUGGCGCUGAGCAAACGCUUCGAAAUGACGGAUCUCGGUGAGCUCGAUUACUUUCUCGGCAUGGAGAUCAAGAACGACCGUAAGACGGGAAUGGUGACUGUACAACAAACCAAGUUUCUCAAGUCCGUGUUAACCAAGUUCGGAAUGGAUAACAGCAAGCCAGUGAAGACGCCUCAAGAUCCCGGCCUGAAGCUAACCAAGAACAUGUGUGAACAAGAAUGCAAGCACGAAGACACCAUGUGCAACGUGCCAUAUCGAAGUGCUGUCGGAGGCAUCAUGUAUCUCAUGGUCGCCACACGUCCGGAUCUAGCUGCUGCAGUGGGAUCAUUAUCCCAGUUCUCGUCCGACCCAUGCCCGACUCACUGGCAAGCUUUGAAGCGUGUGCUGAGAUACCUGCAAGCAACGCCCAAUCAUGGUCUUGAGUUUACACGUGAAGAAGGAAGCCGUAUCUGCGGGUACACCGACGCAGACUGGGCCGGCGACAUUGAGUCAAGACGAAGUACAAGCGGCUAUGUGUUCAUGAUGAGCGGAGGAUGCAUCAGCUGGAAAAGCCAGAAACAACGGACGGUCGCGCUAUCUUCAACAGAAGCAGAAUACAUGGCGCUUUCCGAAGCAACCAAAGAAGCAGUAUGGCUCAAAGUGCUUUUGGGGGAACUUGGUGAGAUGACAAGCGACGAAGCGAUCAAGAUGUAUGAAGACAACCAAGGAUCAAUCGCUCUCGCCAAGAACCCGGAGUUCCAUAAGAGAACAAAACACAUCGACAUACGCUACCAUUUUGUGCGUGAGAAGGUGGAAUCAGGUGAAGUCGUUUUGGAGUAUUGCCCGACUCAAGAUAUGCUGGCAGACAUGAUGACCAAGCCGAUCGCCGCUGUACAAUUUGAAAACAUUCGCGAUCGACUUGGGAUCCAAGGUGCCGCAGCUAACGAGUCGAGAGGGAGUGUUGAAAAGACAGCAGCUGUGAAGAAGACACCUCGUCAAGCUGCGUCAAGUGUUGAAGCAAGUGGAAGACCAAGCUUCGCUAUACCGGUGGGUACCGGUAUGUACCAGUAA